AUGGAGGUUUGGUUACCUGUAGCACAUUCAGAUAAAUUAGUAUCUAAUCUUGGUCAUAUAAAGAACAAUAAAGGUGUGGUUUUAAAAGGCAAUAUCUGCAAAAGGAGUGGUUAUGUAAAAACAGAUAUUAACACUAAUGGUAUUCGAAAAAUUAUUAGUAUCCAUAUUUUAGUCGCUCGAGCCUUUAUUCUUAAUCCAGAAAUUAAGCCUUAUGUUAACCACAUAAAUGGAAUUAGACAUGAUAAUCGAGUUGAUAAUUUGGAAUGGGUAACUCCUAAAGAAAAUGUCAAACGUAUAGUAUUUCGGAAUACUGGUCGUAAGCACAGAAAAAUCGUGCAAAAGACAUUGGAAGGGAACGUUGUUCAGGUUUGGGAUUCUAUUCGUCUUGCAGGCAAUACACUUAAAAUUAUAGGCACAAAUAUUUCGAAAUGUUGCAGAGGAAAGCAAAAAACUGCUGGUGGCUGGUUAUGGAUGUAUUAUGAAGAUUAUGUAGAAAAAGAUCCCAAUGAAGAAUGGAAAGAGAUAGAGCUUAAUUCACGAAAAUUCCGAGUUUCAUCUUUAGGCAUGGUUCAGCUUGCCAGUGGUGUUAUCACCCAGGGAUCAUUAAACUUAGGAUAUCUCAAGGUUAACGGACAUCUUGUUCAUCGUUUAGUGGCGUUAGCAUUUUGCCCCAAAGAAGAAGGCAAAGAAUAUGUGAAUCAUAUUGAUAAUGAUUCCGCUAACAAUAAAGCGUCCAAUCUUGAAUGGUGUACACCAAAAGAAAAUGUGCAACAUGCAGUGCGUCUCAUGCUUCGGAAUGGCUGGAUGCGUCAACGUGCUGUCAAGCAAAUUUUAGAGGAUGGUUUUGCUCGAGAAUUUCCGUCCUUAGCUGAAGCACGACGAAUAACUGGAAUUGAUGAGUCCAGUAUUAGGAAGGUUUGCAGAGGACUUCAAACACAUGCUGGGGGUGUCGUUGGGAAUAUGUGA